AUGGACACGCGAGGGUGGCUUUUCUGCAAAGGUCUCAGUCUCCGUUUAAGUGAUCUGCCGGCUAAUUUCUUGGGAACUUUGCGGGAGACUUCUCACAGACUCGGAGGACAGGCCAUCCCACUGGUCCCAGGUUGGCCCUUCAAACCAGCCAGUGAACAGUCAGGUGUGCCUCAGGAGUUUGCCUCCAGGGCUGAUGCAAAGACGCAGUGGAGUCACUGAAUCCGACCAGCUCUGUUUGGCUUAGGCUCCAGUGAGAGGGAAAAACCCAAGAUAUGUCAGAGCCCAACGGGUCAGAUGGGGCGUUGUUCCCCACGGGAGAGCCUCUAAACUCCACCCUGGACUACCAGGACUUUGAGACGGGGCCGGGCGUCAGCACCAUCCUCAUCCCCUCCAUCUACGCCCUGGUGUGCUGCGUGGGCCUGACGGGAAACGGCAUGGUGAUCUACGUCAUCCUGAAGUACGCCAAGAUGAAGACGGCCACCAACAUCUACAUCCUGAACCUGGCCAUCGCCGAUGAGCUCUUCAUGCUGAGCGUGCCGUUCCUGGCCACAUCGGCCGCCCUGCGCCACUGGCCCUUCGGCUCGCUCAUGUGCCGGCUGGUCCUCAGUGUGGACGGCAUCAACAUGUUCACCAGCAUCUUCUGCCUGACCGUGCUGAGCGUGGACCGCUACGUCGCCGUGGUCCACCCCAUCAAGUCCGCGCGGUAUCGCCGCCCCUCCGUGGCCAAGGUCAUCAACGCCUGCGUGUGGGGGCUCUCGCUGGUGGUCAUCCUGCCCAUCAUCGUCUUCGCCGACACGGUGCCCGCGCGGGAUGGCGGCGUGGACUGCAACUUCCUGUGGCCGGAGUCGUCGUGGUCGGAGGCCUUCGUGGUGUACACCUUCCUGCUGGGCUUCCUGCUGCCCGUGGUGGCCAUCUGCCUGUGCUACUGCCUGAUCGUGGCGCGCAUGAGGGCCGUGGGCCUGAAGGCGGGCUGGCUCCAGCGCCGCCGCUCGGAGAAGAAGAUCACCCGCAUGGUGCUGCUGGUGGUGACCGUCUUCGUGGUGUGCUGGAUGCCCUUCUACAUCGCGCAGCUGGUCAGCGUCUUCCGCCGGCCGCCCGACCCCAUGGUGACGCAGCUCUUCGUCAUCCUCAGCUACGCCAACAGCGGCGCCAACCCCAUCCUGUACGGCUUCGUCUCGGACAACUUCCGCCGCUCCUUCCAGCGGAUCGUCUGCUUCCGCUGGCUGGAGAGCGGGGCGGACGCGGAGCAGGUGGACUACUGCGCCAUCCCGCUGAAGCGGCCGGCCGCGGCUCGCACAGACGAACGCCCCCACCGCUUCCCCCUCAAGGACUGCCUGGCCUCCGACACGGCCGACCGCAACGGGACCUACACCUCCCGAAUCACCGCUUUGUGA